AUGAGCCACCAGCAACCGGAAGCCCUCGAGCUUCUGGCACGACUUGUCGAAGAUGCCAAUCACGGCCGUGUCAUUCUUGCUCCGGUCCUCAUGAACAUUGUCAUUCCGAUCACCGGUAACCCUUCUUCAUUAACCUCAGCAAUCGUACCCGCCAAGCUCACAUUACAGUACACCCUAGCCUUACACCUCCAACAAAUCAUAAACUUCCAUUCUCUUUUUUCUGAACAUUCUCCCUUCAAUGUGACUCAUCACCAUUGCCUCCUCAAAGCAAUCCCAUCCUUAAUCUUGUCAAACUUUUCGAUGUUUAAGGUUUUGCCGUACAUGGCUUCCACUUAA